CGCCGGUAUUUGAAUAUCGUCGCGCGGGCAUCAUGGACGAGGAACUCGAGCAAAAAAUGACGUUUGUCUUGGCCGAUAUCGACGCCCAAUUCAGCAAGGCCCACGAAGCAGCAACGCAACUCUUGCGUAGCGUGCGUCGACAUAGCCAGACGACUCGUCAAAUGCAUGCGCAUUGCCGGUUGUUCCACGACCUCUUUGUGCAGCUCCAAGACCAAGCGCAGUCGGCAUCGCACUCGACUCCUCGACAUUGUCGACGAACUAACCCGGAGAACAGGAUGAACUCAAGUACGUACACUGAUAUCCAUGAAGACAUCGAGGUUGCGGAGCACUACGAUUCGGUCUUUGAUGCCGACGACGAAUUUGUCGACGCUCAAUUGGCAACGACGACACUUGUUCAACCUCGAGACACGGGUGGUGCAUCUUCAGCUCGCCUUGCGGCAAACUCUGCGAAUUUUAGUGAAAGCAGCAUCAAUAUCUCCACCAUGGACAGCCAACACAGUCCGUUGCUGCAUCAUACGUCCACGCGACCGCCUGUCCAUCUUCACACCCCUUCCGGCGCCACCCAUCAACCAAACUCACACAAGACGCCCGCUUCGCCAGGAAACAGUAGCAACGCUUCGUACGGCCACCUUGCACACCUUCCUUCACCGGACCUACCGUCGUUGUCGAACCGUGUCCAGCUCAUCCCGCCGUCGUCAUCCAAGGCUCGAGGACAUGAGAGCGACUCGUCUUCCUUCCUCGAUGGUCCAAGUGAAAUCACCACCCCCGACGUGUACGUGGUGAGUCGUCCGACGCAAUCUGCUCUCUCCCCGACCUCCAACCCAGCUGUCCCCUUCACCUCCGCAACGUCCCCACUGAACACAAGCGCUAUUGUCGACUCCAGUCCUCUUGCUCAAAACACAGUGCAAACUCCACAAUGGCACACGACGCCUGGUGCUACGUCCGAUCUGCGACGACGGUUCAGUGCAGCCUCCGACUUCCACACCCCUGUCAAAUCCAAGCCAUCAGCCUUUGAAGCUGAUGACGAUGACGAGAUGGACCAAGACGUUGCGUUCCCCCACAUAGAUUCACCUGUUCUGGCUUCGCCGUUGCUCAGUACCAAGCUGAAAGUUAUCACACCGCACACGCCACUGUCAAACCGCAUUGCCGGCGCGUCAACUGAAGCGCCGUAUCGAAGCCCGUAUGCGUCCACAAUGCUUUCGUCCCCGUCGACUCCAAAAAUUCCCAUAUUCGACCUGGCCCUCUUCCCUGUGGCUUUUCAGAAAGGCGAAGGGGCGUACCAAAUGACCCGACUGUACAGCCACUUUCGCAACAACCCGACGCAGGCCAUGACUCUAGAUGGGCUCCUGGAAAAACUGGACGAUUGCGAGUCAGAACGCUUGGAAAUUUUACUUGAUACGCUCGUGUCUAGGCGAUUGCUACGGCCAUUUGUUGUCGAAGGGGAAAUGUACUGGCAGGCCUCGUUGAAGUAAAUUUAUCUUUCAACGGCGUAACUUUGCAUUUGGA